AUGGGUAACGCGAUUAGGUUACUCUACCGGAAAUGCCUAAAUCCGACCACGGACGAUAAGCCUCACGGCGUCUUCGGUUCAACCGCCGGCGUUUCAGCUCUUUCCCGUGAUCUCUUCCACUUCGAGACCACUUCUCAGGUUCCUGAAGGGCUUGGAAGUUACGUUGUGUCUUCCAAGAAGGCUCAAGCUAACUGGUAUGGAAAAAUACUUGAGGCAUGGAAGCAAUCAAAGCCUCGGCCUCAGACUGCUGAUGAAGCCGCAAGGCUUGUUAUCACGACUCUAAAAGGGCAUAAGAAAGCCGAUGUUGAGGGGCUUUUGUCUUUCUAUAGACUACCUUCGUCUCAUGAGCUCGAUGAAGUACCUACUAAUCAGUCUCCUGUGUCUAUACCUGAAGGAGUUAAAUUUGAGCUUAAUACGCUUCCGGUGGAUCAAAAAUCUGUGGCAGAUGGGGAUACAGUUACUGUGUAUGUUAGCAGCAAAGACCCGAUUGUGUCAUCUUCUGUUCCUAAGGAAGUGAGUCUUGCAGUGGUUAAAAGAGCCAAAGCACGCCAGAAGAAGAACUAUACAGAAGCAGAUGCACUCCAUAAGAAGAUCGUAGCUUCUGGUUACAGGAUGAUAAAUUUUCAGGAUGAGGAAGUGCUUGCUAAAAAAUUCAGAAUUAGACUAAGGGGAAUUGAUUCACCGGAAAGUAAAAUGCCUUUUGGAAAAGAGGCACACGAUGAGCUACUCAAGAUGGUCGAAGGAAAAAUCUUGAAGGUGUUAGUAUAUACAGAGGAUCGUUAUGGAAGAUGUGUAGGAGAUAUUUAUUGCAAUGGAAAAUUUGUACAAGAAGUAAUGUUAAAGAAAGGUCUUGCUUGGCAUUAUGUAGCCUACGACAAGCGUGCAGAGCUUUCAAAGUGGGAAAAUGAGGCUAGGCAUAAGCGUAUUGGCUUGUGGUCAUCUUCAAAUCCAGAGAAGCCAUGGGAGUGGAGAAAGAACAAACGUGGGGGAAACUGA